UAAGCUGCCAGGGUAAGAAGCAAGAACUUUUCAUCUUGUAGGAACCCUUGGCACGUCCUGUUUGAGAGUGCUUCUCAAUUGUUGCUUCUGAUAUCUCAGUGCUAUGGGAAGCAGGUGUCUGCCCCUGCUCUCAGGUCUCACUGUCCUGCUGGCUCUGUCAGGAUCACAUGUCAAAAAUUCUGAAGGUCUCUGUCCCAAGUGCCCUGAAAAUGCCAGCUGCUCCAACAGUACCCACUGUGCUUGUAAAGAGGGAUUUCAGUCCGUGUCUGGGAGGAAGUACAUUGAGCCCCAUGAGAAGUGUGAAGAUAUCGAUGAGUGUGAGACUGGUCUGGCAAAGUGCAAGAAGAAAUCCUACUGCAGAAAUGAAAUUGGAAGUUACUACUGCAGCUGUGUCCCAAAUUCUGUCUUCAACUUUGUGGCUGGCUUAUUUAAAUUAGAUUAUAAAGAGUGUUAUGAGUCCACUGGUGAGGAGACACAGGUCUCAAGGGACACUCAGGAAAUUCUGACGAACAAUGGAAGCAAAAAUCACAUUGCAAAAGUGGCGACCCGAGUACUUCAACACAUGGAACUGAUCGUAUGGACUGAGACUUUAGCUUUUCCAGGAAAGUAUGAGAACUCUACGCUUGGUAUAGUUUAUGAAACCAAGAGGUGCAAUGACACAAGUGAGAAGACUCUUCUGGAGGCUGGAAAUAACACUAUGGAUAUCAACUGUACUGAUGCUUUCAAAGGAACCAUAGGAGAUAGAAGUGCAGUUGCACUUAUCACUUAUCACUCUCUUGGGGAUAUUCUGAAUGGAUCUUUUUUUAAUGAUGGAAGAGGGACACAGGAAGUGAAACUGAACUCUCGUGUCACAAGUGGCACCAUUGGUAUGAAGGAAAAAGUAUAUCUCUCUGAACCUGUGUUCCUGACCUUCCAAAACAUACAGCCUGGUGGUGCGAGAGCAAAAUAUUUCUGUGUCUCCUGGGAUGCAUCAGAGGAGGGGGGCGCCUGGUCAACGGAGGGCUGCUCUCAUGUGGGCAGCAACGAUUCACACACCCGAUGCAAAUGCUUCCACCUUUCCAGCUUUGCUGUUCUCAUGGCUCUUGUUCCCAAGGUGGAUCCUGUGCUGACUAUGAUCACCUACGUGGGGCUGAGCCUCUCUCUGCUGUGCCUCCUCCUGGCAGCCCUCACCUUCCUCCUGUGCCGACCCAUCCAGAACACCAGCACCUUCCUCCACCUGCAGCUUUCCAUUUGUCUCUUCCUGGCCCAUCUGCUCUUCCUAACAGGGAUUGACCAAACUAAGCCUGAGGUGCUGUGUUCCAUCAUCGCUGGUGUGCUGCAUUACCUCUACCUGGCCUCCUUCACCUGGAUGCUCCUUGAAGGGCUACAGCUUUUCCUAACCGUCAGAAACCUCAAGGUGGCCAAUUACACCAGUGCAGGCAAAUUCAAGAAGAGGUUCAUGUACCCUUUUGGCUAUGGGGUUCCAGCUCUGAUUGUGGCUGUGUCUGCAAUAGUAGGACCCCAAAAUUAUGGAACAUAUGAUCGCUGCUGGCUCAAGCAUGAUAAAGCGUUCAUCUGGAGUUUUAUGGGACCAGUGGCAGUCAUUAUCUUGAUAAACUUGGUGUUCUACUUUCAAAUCCUGUGGAUUUUGAGAAGUAAACUUUCCUCCCUCAACAAAGAAGUUUCCACCAUUCAGGAUACCAGAGUCAUGACAUUUAAAGCCAUUGCUCAGCUAUUUAUACUGGGCUGUUCUUGGGGCCUUGGCUAUUUUAUGGUUGAAGAGUUCGGGAAGGUGAUCGGAUCAGUCAUUGCCUACACAUUCACCAUCAUCAAUGUCCUGCAGGGGGUUUUGCUCUUUGUGGUACACUGUCUCCUUAAUCGCCAGGUGCGAAUGGAAUACAAGAAGUGGUUUAGUGGGAUCUGGAAAGCGAUUGAGACUGAAAGCUUUGACGUAUCUCGCUCUACUAUCCAAACCAAAAUGGAGGAACCAACAACAUCAUCAGAAUUCUAUCGCAGAAGAGACGCUGCGUCUGUUCAACCACAGCCUCAGACUCUGAUCUCUGCUCUUUGGCUAAAACCAGAAAACUGAGCUGCUGUGGACAGCACCCCCUGUGGUGACACACGGAUGGGACAAAUGCCACCAUCUGUCUUUCUCCUGAAAGCAGUCGUGACUCUUUUCCCUAUUUUGGCUUCUGUCUCCGUAGAAAGAAAGGGGUGUCGAGAGACUACUGAGACCCCCAAACCCAGAAUUGUAUAUCGUGUGCCAUUAAAUGCUCAGAGAAUUCUUUUUAACAACAAGGGAAAUAAGGGAUUUUCAUCUUCCAGCUAAUACUACCUUGCCCAGGAUUUAUUGGCCAACAUCUGGAUUCAGCUUGCAGAUUUCUCUCUCUGAAUUUUUGGCUCCACUUUAUACUGCUGAAGAUCUUGCAUCACUCAACAUUUUCAUAGUUCAAUAACUCCCAUAUGAAUAAAUAUUAAAAACAGGGUUGUAUUCUUGCGUUGUAAAAAUACACCUCCAUCCCACUCAGGAGGGCGUCCUAAGGAAAUGUCUAGUGGUCAGGAGACCAGCACUGUCUUCUUUGCUUGAUGACUUUCAAACCUACUCAUAUACUCAGGUUAAUUUUAGUGUGAUCUCAAGCACUCGCUUUAGUAGCACAUAUACUUAAUGUCACAUCAUGUCCUCAUGGAAAUGCUCCCAAAACAAUAGCGGUGGGGAGGGGGGGGGGGAGGGAUGUCACAGCAGUCCUUUGGCCUUAUGUAUUUAGUUUUAACAUUUCUAAUUUUGUUUUCAAAGUCAUUGGAUUUAGUGUGUUUUUCAGCACCAAAAUAAAUAAAUGUAUGGCUAA